GAAAGUUUUCUCCUCGACUGGCCCUCCCGAGUUUUGUUACACCUUUUCUGCGACUCGCCAGCCCGCCUGCAGACACAGCUAAUAAACACCGAAGCCCAGACCCUGCUUCCCUGCCUGCUGGGUGUUACCUGCUUGUUGCUGCCGUGCGGGAGUCUCGGCACGAAAGGACGAAAGCGACGACAGGGACGACGAGAACGGGCCUCACCCUCGCCCCCCGACCAUAUAUCCAGCCAUCCACGCACCAGGCUUCUCGGCUCCGACUGACUGGUUGUUCUUCCGUAUUGCGUCUUGCGUCUUGCGUUUGCGUCCCCGAGAGUUCCAGCCCAGUUGACUCAUUGUCGACCAUGAUAUAUAUGAGCAGGCAAUAGCGUCAUCCAUCUCCAAUCGCCCACCUCGCCCACCUCCCCCAACCUCCCUUGCCCAAAGUACCGAUCCCGCCACCGGCCGGGUCGCUACUAGUCCGCUGCUCUCCCACCCCCUUCAGUCCGGGACAGGCCGCCAUUGCAACAGCGAAAAUGCACGACGCAAACUCGUUCCUCGGCCAGGCUAAGCCAAAGCUGCACAUCCCACACCUGCAGUGGCCCCGCGCAUUAAACAUCGCCAUCCCAGAGCACUUCCGGCCCGCCAGCAGCAGGAGCAAGAGGAGCCGUUCCAAGAAGCCAUGGCGCCACCCGUACCGCGACUCCAACACCGUCACCAGGCUGCAGCGCUCCUUCAACCCCCUCGACGGCGUGCGUGCCUGUCGCCGCCAUAGGCUUUGCUGGUCCGACAUUCAGUGGGUCGCCCUGGCUGCCCUGAUGAUCUUCUCAGUCACCAUCGCGCCUAUGCCCUUGUUCUUCAAGAUCGCUAUUCCCAUGGUGUCGCUUCUCGUGUGCUUGAUGCCCGCAACCAGGCAGUUCUUCAUGCCCUCCAUGUCCAUCUGGGUAUACCUGAUUUACUUCUUCUGCAGCCGCUUCAUCCCUGUCGAGGUCCGCCCUCACAUCUGGGUCAAGGUCCUGCCCGCCCUCGAGAACGUCCUGUAUGGCGCCAACCUGUCCAACAUCCUCUCGGCCCACACCCACCCCGUCCUCGACUUGCUUGCAUGGCUCCCCUACGGCAUCGGCCACUUUGGCGGCCCUGCCGUCUGCGCCCUGGCAAUGUUCAUCUUCGCUGCUCCCUCCACCACUCCCGUCUUCGCCAAGACCUUCGGCUGGUUGGCCAUCACCGGCGUCACCCUGGCCCUGGUGUUCCCCUGCACGCCGCCUUGGUAUGAGAAGGAGCACGGUCUGGAGCCUGCCCGUUACGGCAUGCCAGGCAGCCCCGCCGGCCUGGCCCGUGUUGACCAGCUCUUCGGCGUCGACAUGUACACCACCAGCUUCUCGACCGCCCCCGUGCCCUUCGGUGCCUUCCCCAGCCUCCACGCCGCCAACGCCACCCUCGAGGCCCUGUUCAUGAGCUACUGCUUCCCCCGCGCACGCUCCCUGUUCAUCAUGUACGUCGCCUGGCUGUGCUGGGCCACCAUGUAUCUCAACCACCACUACGCCGUCGACCUGGUCGGUGGCGCCCUGAUCGCAACCGCCUACUAUUACAUUGCUCGCACCCGCUACCUACCCCGCCAGCAGCCGAACAAGCGCCACCGCUGGGAGUAUGAGUACGUCGAGAUCGGCGAGAAGCCCAAGACCCUGGACGAGGAAGAAGGCUACAUCGGCGUUGGCGGCGAGUACGGCAUGGGCCUGCUCGAGAGGAGGAGCAUGCACCUCAGCGAGGAUGACGAGUGGACCCUGGGCAGCAGCUCCAGCUUCUCGUCCACGUCCACGCCCCGCACCAGCACCACCAGCCCCACCCUGAUGUCCCCGACGACGCCCACCGAUCCCGACUUCAACCACGUCACAAUCCCCAUGAACCUCAACGGCCAGCUCAUGUGGGGUGCUGGCGAGCGCGGAUCCACGAGAGACGACGAGGUGUCUGAGGUUGUGGUGGUGAGGUAGUCGCAGGUGCAGCUUUCGACGGUCUCGUUGCAGCCGUGCAGGCAUGGUGUCACCCAACGCCAGCAACUGCUGCAAAUGGCCCAGUCGAUCGCCUCGACAUUUAAAUAAGCAAUCGCGACCCCCUGGCUAGCCGGGCCCCGACCAGGUCUCCAACGCGCCGCUUAGCGGCCGCCUUAGCUUAAUGGCACCUCAGCCCUGCAGCCCGCUGCGGGUAGUUUCGCGUCGGCAGCAACCGAGAAGGAGCCCGCUCUGGUAAUAUGCCAGCCGAUGACUACCGCCGCGUCGACCUUGGAAUUCCCGAGCGACCUGAAGUCGGAUCAGAACGACAUGCACAACGGAGACCUGGUCCAGCUGCUCCGUUGUCGAUUGCAACCAGCAGUGACCCCUUGCUUGGGUCCAAGGGGUUCUCAAACCUCCGGAACACCUUGAUUUGUGCGACUCUCGCUUCAUAAUUACUUGAUACCCCCGUCCAAAACCCUGGGUUGUUUUGUGCAUAGGCGAUGCCCUAAUCUUUGGCGGCGUAACCUCCGAAGCAUUCCAUUUUGGACAACAGAAAACAGCAUUGUAACGGCGUUUCGUUGAAUCAGCGCAACAUCGCUUCGGAAAGAUUUAUGGGAAAUGAAUUAGAUGGGAUGGGUUUAAUGGUGAAAGGCCAACAACGAUAGGAAAUAAGAGGGCUUCCUUCAGGCAUUCAGCAACGGGGCCUGGGAUCACGCGGGAAGGAAAGGGGAGAUGAUGAGUUCCGGCUAGUCCCCGUUGUGGUAUAGUGUGUAGAAGUAAUAGUUGCAAUAAUGUAAUGGGAGACGAGUUGAAUGAA